CAGCAGUUUCGGAAGAUGGUAGAGCAACGCAGGUCUUUUAAUUGCAAGUCUCAGCAGCAGAUUAUGAGCCAGUGUAAAGAGAUAAGUAUCUUACAAGAGGAACAAGAUGAGAUCACACUGCUUUUGAGUCUUUUAAGAUCACCCAGGAACUUGGAGCUGGAUGAUAAAAAUUAUACUGAACUCAAAUUUUUGCUACAAACCAAGGAUGAAUAUGAUGCUUUAAUUAAGGCAAUGAAAUCCCUAUUAACAGAACUGGAUGAGAAGAUAAUGGACAUAGAAAACAAAAUCUUGACACAAAAACGGAUCUUGGUGAAAAUACAACAAACCCAAAACCCCCGGAGGUUACAAAAGCAAAUUUCUAUUCUGGAGACCCAUUUGAAUCUGGUCACUGUCCACUUUGACACGAUGCUAACCACCAAUUUCAAGCUCCGGAAUGCCAUAGAGGAUCUGCGGUUUGAGAAGGCAGCAUAUGACCAUGUCUACCAGGAGCUCCAUCGGCGGCUUGUGAUGCAGAAGAGAACGAUGCAUGUGGCAAUUGAACAGUCUACGCAAGCUUACAACCAGCGGCUGGAAGCUAUGGCCCGAAUGGCUGCCAUGAAGGAUCGACGGCAAAAAGAUAUCUCCCAGUACCAAAUGGAGAUUAGGGAGCUGGAACGAAUUCAUGAUCAUGAAACAAAACUGAAGUCCUUCUUACUCAUCAAACUUAUGGAUCGGAGUGAAUUUGAGGAACAGGCCAAAAAGGAAGAAGUCCUCAAGGCCAGCAAGCCCCACAAGAAGCUCAAGGGGGAGAGCUUCCAGAGCUACGAGGUAGCCCACAUCCCUGGAGAGUGUGGGAGAUCCAGGACAGGUGAAACCCUGGGAAAUGUGCAGGUGAAUGUGGAUUGUGAGAACCUGAGCGGGUGUCACUACAACAACAAUGCCAGCUAG